AUGGAGCCUUUAAACAAUACAUUAACAGCGAACGAAGCAAGAAAUGAUCUAGGUACGAUAUCUACUAAUGCUGCAUUUAUUGAAAAUCCAACAACACAUCGUAAACUAUCAGUAGUUCAUCGAACAUCACGUAGUAUUUCUCGAGGAAAAUUAACUGUUUUUGUGUCCGUGACUGUUGCCAUUGUUGUUAUAAUAUUAGUCAUUAUCGUACCUAUAUUGGGUCUUCGAAAAAGUGAUUAA